AUGUCUCAAGUUCCCGAUGCAUGGGAUGACGAUUGGGAAUCCCAAGCAGACACAUCAGGAACUAAGCCUACCCCGCCGACCGAAAAGAAAGUAUCAUCCAAAGUCAGCAAAGCUCAACGAAGGGCGCAGCAAGCUGAAUUUAACCGACAGCUAUGGGCUGAAGCUGAAACCCCGCAGACGUUCCACUUUGUCGAAGCUCGAUCCGAUGUGCCCCUCAAGCAGGACUUCAAGCCCACUGUCACACUACUGAGCCGUAGACCACAAGUUGCAACCCGUCAAUCAUCUGCUCUUGGAGUCAAUGCAGCAACUGCUGGAAUAAAUCAACUAGGAUUGAACGGUGAUAUUGGCGACUCAGACGAUGAAUUCAAUAAGGCCGCCGAGCCAACACCUGAGGAGCGACAAGCGAUAGCGCUCAAGAAUCUGGAAGAGAAACAGCGCAAAUAUGAAGAGGUCCGAGAAAGACUAUUUGGAAGCCCUUCUGCUACUACGUCUGGGAACACAUCGCCGGGAAGCACCACUCCACCCCGCCAGCCCCAAUCCGGUGAGGGCAGAGGGAAAGGCAAAGGCCGUGGGAACGGCAGAGAUUACCAAAAGCGAGAUUCAUCCUCGACUUCGAGCAAAUCAAGACAUCUCUACGAUCCGUCUAGUCCGGCUAAGCCAAAUGGACCGCCUUCACAAAGGCGAGAGAGACCCGCAGAUCGGAGCGACUCCGAAAAGCAAGGUUCCCCCGCACCACAGCAACCAACUCGUCAUCCUCGAGGUCCUGAUGCUAGUGGAAGAGGUGGUUUCAAAUUCAAUAGAGGUGCACGAGCAGGCUAA